AGUGGCUGGAACCUGGUGGCCGCUCCGGGUCGGGUCGGGGGGGGGGAGCCGCCGCCGCCGCCUCGGGAUCCCGGCGGGACGGGACGGGAGGAGAUGCCCCUUCCCCCCCCCAGGCAGGGGCGAGGAGGAAGGCUCCCCUCCCGCUCCUGGCAGACGCAGCAGGCAGGCAAGAGCGACGGGGACGGGCAGAGGCCGGGAGGGGCCUGGCGGGGGGUCCCCGCGAGCCAAGACCCUAGCUAAAGAGGACGUGAACAGAGACAAGGACACAACACCAGACCUGCUUCCCAGUGGCAGGAGUAGAUGACCAGGAGCUGAAGGGCUCUUACAAGACGGGACAUCAGGAGCUUGGCUUGCGCCUGAAAACAGUGGUGCAUAGAGGGACACUGACUUGUGGCCUGCAAGCAACCGCUUUCUGGAGACACAGAUGUGUGAGGACAAGUAGAGCAACUGAACAAUUAUGGCAGUGGUACAGCCUGGCCUGCAGGCAACCUGGAGUGACAUCGGCGGGGAACAGUAAAAGCCAGGCACACACCUACACUUCUGUCCUCUUCCCCAGAGACCCACAAGGCCACAAUGUCUUGAUAUUUCUUGGAAGGUGCUUGAAGUUCCCUCCGGGCUGGGGAGACAAGUACAAAACUCGCCUGUCUCUUGCAGGGGGGAAAGCUUGCAGUGAGAGUGUUUGCUUCAGGCUGGAAAACGGGGAGCCAAACAAGUUAUUCAGUGGCUGGAGAGACCUGUUCCUUCUCUUCUCUUGCACUGAGUCUUCACACAGGGCUCUGGAAGGGGGAGGGGGGAACCCGGAGACCCCCCUCCCCCAGGAGAGAGCCAGACACUUAUACACCAAUCCCCCGAGCCAGAACAGAUCAGGGGUUUAUUCUUGUUGGGGAUUGGCCUGGAUUAAAAUGAGUGUCAUGGAGAAGAGGGCAGGAAGAGGCAUUCAGGCUUCCAGCUUGCCACGUGUAGGGUCCAUGGCUGUGGAGUAACGCCUGAGGAACAGUGAGUGAAAGCACAAGUGGACAGGGGGUCUCUGCCUGUGAAGAAUGCUGAAGAAGAGCAGCCUGGUCCUCUGGGGCGUGGUGCUCUUUGUGGCCUGGAACGCCCUUCUCCUCUUCUUCCUGUGGACCCGGCCUCCGGCUUCCUCUGAUGACCAUAGCCAUUUGACUGAGGAGGUCAUCAGGCUGGCCCAGGACGCUGAGCAGGAGCUGGAGCACCAGAAAGACUUGCUGAGGCAGAUCCACCACUACAGUGCCCUUUGGAGCAAGAAGAGGAAAAAGGCAGAGGAAAUGGGUCGGGUUCCUCCAGCCGCUCCCUCCAAUGCUGGGGCUGUGCCCGCAACAGGUACGGUUCCGCACCGCCCGCGGAUCUCGCCAGAUGCCAUCCUGCCCGUGCUAGUGAUUGCCUGUGACCGGAGCACAGUGCGCCGGUGCCUGGACAAGCUGCUGCACUACCGGCCUUCCCGGGAGCGCUUCCCCAUCCUUGUAAGCCAGGACUGUGGGCAUGAGGAGACAGCCCGGGUCAUUGCUUCUUACGGCAAUGCAGUCAUGCACAUCAAGCAGCCGGACCUGAGCGACAUUGCUGUGCCCACCGACCACCGCAAGUUCCAAGGCUAUUACAAGAUUGCCCGGCACUACCGCUGGGCCUUGAGCCAGGUCUUUCGCACCUUCCAGUACCAGGCGGUCAUUGUAGUGGAGGAUGACCUGGAGGUGGCACCAGACUUCUUUGAGUACUUCCAAGCAACCUUCCCACUGCUGCUGGCUGACCCCAGCCUGUGGUGCAUCUCUGCCUGGAAUGACAAUGGCAAGGAGCAGAUGGUGGAUGCAAGGCAGGCAGAGCUGCUCUACCGCACGGACUUCUUCCCUGGCCUGGGCUGGUUACUGCUCUCAGAGCUGUGGGACGAACUGGAGCCCAAGUGGCCUAGGGCCUUUUGGGACGACUGGAUGAGGCAGCCAGAGCAGCGGCGGGACCGCUCCUGCGUAAGGCCCGAGGUCUCGCGCACCAUGACCUUUGGCCGCAAGGGCGUAAGCCACGGGCAGUUCUUUGACCAGUACCUGAAGUUCAUCAAGCUCAACGACCGCUUCGUGCCUUUCACCCAGAUGGACCUCUCCUACCUCAAGAAGGAGGAGUACGAGCAUUCGUUCCUGCCCAAGGUCUAUAGUGCCCCCGAGCUGCGAGUUGAGGAGCUUCAGGGAAACAAGCGCCAGGAGCUGGGCACUGUUCGGGUGCAGUACACCAGCCGUGACUCCUUCAAGGCCUUUGCCAAGGCCCUGGGUGUUAUGGACGACCUCAAGUCAGGUGUGCCCCGUGCUGGUUACCGUGGCAUUGUCAGCUUUCUCUACCGUGGCCGGCGUGUCUACCUGGCCCCCCCCUCUGACUGGACAGGCUAUGACCCUACCUGGAGUUAGCACAGUCUCUCCUGGGACAUUGACCCUUCAGCAUGUUGGGACCCUACGAGAUGGGGAGGAUGUGUGUCUAUGUGUGUGCAUGUGUGUCUGUGUGUGCGCGAGUGUGUGUGCGUGCGUGCUCCAGAAUGAGGAGGGGGCACAGAAACUUUGUAUUUUUGUUUUAUGCGUGGCAUUCGAGUGCAUUCCGGGUCAGGACAGGCGUGUUUGUGCACUUAAAACUAGGGUAAGGGAGUGGGGAGACAGGAAUUGUUGUGACACCCCAUUGUAGACGGGGCUGGUUGGCAUGGGCUAGGAUACUCUCCACAGCCCUCUGCCCCAGUGCCUCUCCCUUCUCUGGCUUGGUAAUCUCCCCUCUACUACAUCCCUGGUGGCUUCUCCGUGGGCUGCAUUCAGAAUCCUCAAUCGUGCCCAAAAAUGGAUAACCUACCAGGGGCAAGCUAGGGUUUGAUAGAGCUGAACCAAACUGGACAACCAGUGGCUUCCUUCCAGCAUAGGUAUUAUCCAUCAGAGGAGCAACAGGGUGGCGGGUAGCAUGAAGGUGACUCCAGAAGUUGGGAUAGACUAAUGGAAGAACAGAACCCUUUUAACAUCUUUUGAUUAAUUUUCCCAUGGCCAUCCUUGGUUGGGGGCUCAGUGUAUGUAGGCAGGGACCUCCUUGAGGGAUCAGCUUUGGCAAUCCAUAGUGGGAGUGGAACAGCAGAGAUAACAGGACCUCCAGGUGGUCCUGCCAGAGCUAUCUUUUUUUUUUUUAUAGAGGGGCAUUGUGUAGAGGUCAGGGGCUGUCUUGUCCAUCACAACCUUCUUGAUGCUCCAUAUCACCAGUGCUGUCUUGGAUGGAGUGAUAAGAAACCACUUAUCCUUUGAUUUUCUUUCCUCCCUCCCACAUUGGUCAUCCUGUAACCUUCUCUAGUUCCAUGGUGCAGCAGCGAUGCAGGGACAUCUUGCACUUUAAAUCUCUUCUUUGUUGGGCCUCAUCUAACAGUUGGUGGCAGGAAUGGAGCAUCAAGAGUCCCAUGCCUUUUGACCUCCUCAGUGGGUUCCAGUUGCCCUGCGGUUCUGGGGUGUGUUGGUCAUCUUGAGCUGUCUCCACCAAGUGAACCCCCUCUCCCUCCUUAUGCACAGCCAUUCCUCUCUUCACAAUGGGUAUGCCACAGCGGUUGUCUCUUUCCCCAUGUAAUCCCAUAGUAUGGAGGAGGCUUGUUGCGAAGCCAGGGCACAGAGACCCAGCUUGUUAUUUUCCCUAGGGAAGAAAGGGGAGUCUCAAACUGCAGACUGCCUUAAUCCUCAUAGGGAAUUUCUUUCUUCUCCAUAGUUAGGUUUUUGCUCAAAGUUGGCUCAUCCCUCCUGCACGGGCUUCCACCCUGUGUCCCGUGAGAGAUCAUAAUUGGUCCUCUGUUGCUAUAGCAGAGGGGAAAUGGUGUAGUAAUGGGGUGGGUGAGACAUGAGACCUGGCCAUGGAGGAGAACACCAGGAAGUGAUGGAAUACAGGGGAAGAGGCUCUCUGGCCCCCCAUUUUGGCCUCGGGGAGUGGGGGUGAGGUUCUGCUAAGCGAUUCAAGAGUCACUUUGGAAAAGGGGAGUAGGGAUGCAAACCUCAUUUGGCCAAAAUGUAGACCACACCAAAGGGUAACACUUUGUUUUUUGCUUUCCUGUUUGUUGGUUGUACUGUUUUGUUCCCUUUUUGUUUAAAUCUCCUUGCAUCUUCCCCCAAAGGAAAAGGAGAAAUAUGAAACCAGUUGCUGAUCCAGUCCAGUUACUGGUUGAAUUCCUUAGCAUUCUGCAGCAAGUUUGGCAAAGGGUAGGUGGCGCAGGAGCUCCCCUACUCCAGCUGGUGGGGGCAAUGUCUGGUGGACGGGAUCGCCUGACAAGUGAGGAGAUGGGUCAGCAGAUUGCCCUUUUUCUUCCAGCUCCUAUGAGCUCCAUCCAGAGUGGUGCGGUGUGUUUUGUAUUCUCCCCACCCCUUCUCCUUGCAUGUUACUGUGGAGAUCUAUCUUGAGGAGAUCCAUUUGGAGGAGGGAUCUCCAAAAAUCCACCAAGGUGAAAUCAGAGUCCUGGACAUGAAGAGGGAGUUGUGUGAACUGUUCCAUUACAUCCUGCCUGGCACUUUGACACCUUCCCCUCCACCCCUGUGUGUUUUGCACAUGACUUCAUUGCGAGCUGUGCCACCCUUGCCCAACAUGGCUUCCUGGUGGCACUUCUCUUCCAUGAUGCAGAGAGGCCUUCAACCCUGGCUUUAAGGCAGGGGGAUUAUCAUGCACAAUGAAGCACCAAACAGUGGGUGUUCCCUUUCACCAGUCCAGCAGAGGGGGAAAAGCCUUCGCUUCCCUGCCUUUACCAGAUCUGCACACCAUUUUUUCCCCCCACACAAGUAAGGGUAAGGUGGCCUAACAUUUCCUCCAAGCUUGACUGCCCCUUUGCAGGAGUGGAAUAGGUGCCACCAGCUGGGUGGCUCUUCUCAAUUGAGGAGAUGACUUCAGUCCCUUCUCAUGGCCCCCAACCAAAGACUGCAGGUAUUUAGGAAGCCAGCAGCUCCCUUUACCCAUACAGGAAAGUUUGCUGCUGAGGGAAGUAGAGUUUGAAACCCUUCCUUUGUUGUGGCGAUGGCAAUAGAAACCUGCUUGCGUUUUUCUUUUCUACACCACAUGCUUGCCCCAUCUGAUGGCCUUUCAGUUAGUCUGGGAUGACUUUCCAGCAGCUUUCUGUUUUCUGGUGGAGGGGGAUAGGCUCUUGGUGAUGCUCCCAGGCUACCAGGGGAGCCACAUGCUUGGGCCAGUUCAGGAUCACCCAGUGCCAAGUUCAUCCCGGUGUCUUUUUACACUUUUGUUAAGAAGCCAUUCCAAGUGGAACAAAGAGGGAGGGGAGGAGAGGAAGGAAUUUCGGAAGGGGAUAA